UGGCUUUUAUGAAUGAAAAACCAAAAAGUCAAGUCAAGUAUACCCCGUGUAGUGACGUCACCCACGGGUCCCCCACCGUGCGGGCAGUCUGGGCUCCGGGACAGCCAGCUGGAGGAGCGGGAGGAGGUGCUACCAUCACCCCCCUCACGCUCCCCGACAGUCCGGGCUGCAGGAGGAACCUGACCAGUAGCGGAGCUUCAUCACUGGACUAUUAACCGGGACUAACUUUGUUCAAGCUUUUUUCUUCACUUCCUGCAGUGUAGGACUGUGUUUUUUUUUUAAUUAUUAUUAUUUAUUCUAGGAAAGCUGAUUAUUUAUUGAACGGUAGCUGGAGUAGUCCUGGAGGAAAAGGUACACACUCAGCGUGAGGAGACUUUGGCUACGAUCCACGACGCCCCCCCACACACCCUCUCCCCUUCAUCCUCCCCUCCUCUUCCCUCCGACUGGCACAGAGAAGAGUCUGAGAGAGAGAGAGAGAGAGCGAGGGAACGUGGGAAAGAGGAAGACGAUGUACCAAACGCUGCUUCUCUCCUCCUUCGUCCUUCACGUGAUGGGCACUCCGCAGUUCUUCGCUCACCACGGGAGGAGGGUGUGCGGCCGAGACCUCCGUCACAACGUCGCCGUGGCAACAGAGUCGUACGUCCAGCCGGUGCACAAGCCCUACAUCACCUUGUGUCAGGGGCAGCGCCUCUGCAGCACGUACAAGACUGUGUACUCGGUGGCGUACCGACAGGUGAGCAGAGCAGCACCUCCUUCACAGAUCUACUCAGCAGAGUGCUGCCCCGGCUGGCGGAGGUUUCACUCUCACAACUGCAACCAAGCUGUGUGUGGACAACCCUGUGUGAACGGAGGUACCUGCUUAAGACCCAACCAGUGUGCCUGUCCGCCAGGCUGGACGGGGCCCCAAUGUCAAACAGAUAUAGAUGAGUGUGGCGAGCAGCGGCCGUGCGCCCAGGUGUGUCUGAACACAGCUGGCAGCUACCGAUGUGCGUGCAGAGACGGCUUCAUGCUUGCUGGAGAUGGACGUUCCUGUCAAAGCCUUCCUCCCCCUCCUCCUCCUCCUACUACUACUCCUCCUCCUCCUCCUUCUCCCACCCAGAGUAGCCAGGCAACAGUGGGGGGUCACACAGAUGCGGGUGGAGGGUUCAGCCAGAUGGAGAAUGUGACGGAGGAGGUACAGAUCCUGAGGAACAGAGUCGAGCUCCUGGAAAAGAAGCUGCAGUUGGUGUUGGCCCCCUUCAGCAGCUUCUUCCCACUGUCGCUGGACGAGGGCUGGUCGGAGAAAACCACCUUGCUGUCCCACUCCUUCCAGCAGCUGGACCGCAUCGACUCCCUCAGCGAGCAGAUCGGCUUCCUGGAGGAGCGCAUCGGCACAUGUUCUUGUCAGGAGAAUUAGCCACAAAACAUUUCCAGACAUCUCCCAAGAAGUUAAUAAUGACACAAAACCUGCUAGAGAACGUACGCAUUGCACCAAGAUGGCUGACCUUUGUAAGAACGGGAUGGCAGAAAGCAGAAACAGCCUCGGUGACGCAACCCUCGCACAAAUCAUCAUCUGGGAUUUUCACUAUUCCCAACAGCUUCAUUUACUUUUCUUGUUGAAUCAUUGUCAAAUAUCAUUAUUUUUUAUUUUUUAUUUUUUUUAAGCAGUACCUGUGGCAGGGCCAGUUUCAGCAUUACGUCAUCCCUGUAACAUCUGAAUCUAACGCAGUGAGGGUCAAAGGUCAAAUAGGCCACUUUGUUUUUUUGUUUGUUUUGCAUCAGUGCAGCUGUGUCCUCUGUCUGAGGCCCAAACUGUCCCGGGGGCAGACUUGGACAUCUGUAUUUAUCUAUUUAAAUUAUGAUUACGUCUAGUUAUUUUUCUCUGUGCUCCAAUAGACAUUUCUACCUAGUUUUGUAACAUUUUGUAAUAAAAAAAGUCUUAAUCAAAAACACCAUG